CAAGAUACGAGAUUGUUCAUUUAUCUUUCUGGCAGUUUAAAAAUGGGGAAGAAAUCGGAUCAGCAGAGAUUCAGGAAACGGAAACCUCUAUAGUUGAUUGUAAACCAGAAACACAUUCUCCUAGAAAUGGAACAGAGUCCUGCAGCCAGUUUAAGAAUUCAUCAUCAGAUCUGUCUAAAUCUGUGUCCAGUGAGUCACUGAAUUCAAGUAGAUCUUCCGUUUUCCAUGACGGCUUUUCAAAAUCUGAUAAAAUGGAAUACAUGGAAUCUGAUAAAACAAAGACAGAAGAAGAAAAAAUGUCAUUGCUUGGCUCCCAAAAGACUAAACCGGAAUAUGGUUUGGCAAUGACAUCAACAUCAGAACAAAAGACAACCUGGAUUAACCAUUGUCCAAUUAUUUUCUUUUCUGUGGUGUUCUUUCUUAUUGCAAUUGUUAUAAUUCUUUUGGUUUAUUACUUAGUUUGAUAAUUUUGAUUGGAUUUGAAUGCAAAAAUCAAUGUUAAUACAUGUACCAAAUACAGUAUAAGUGUUUGAAAUAUUACCUU